GCUAGUGGAAACACCAAAUCGUCAUUCAUUUUUUUAUUCUGGUGUUGUUUUCGACCCUGUUAUCACGCGCGACUUGAAUGCCGGAAGGUGAUUCAACCGCAGGAACUGAAGCCGCAAAGUUUCCCGGAUUUGUUUUCGUUUUAUCCUCCUCCCCCUCUUUUUUUUUCUCUUUCUUUCUAAGUAUUCUAAUUGGAAUUUCAAUUUUUUUUUUUCUUUGCUAUUUUUCAUUCUGGAAAAUGGGAAAGAAGAAACCAAUUGUCCCACACCGAAUUUGGGUAGUAGUAAAAAAAAGGGGCAUGACGGCUGGUUGCCUGUUAUUUUAUACCCGUCUCGUAUCUGUGUAUGGCGAUGAUGUCACCUUGCGAGAGUUAUUUGCCCGUCCUCUUGUCGUACCGUGCUGGUGAAAUGCACCGCACAAAGAAGCGUUUCACCACAGCAUUGAGAGUCUUGGGACUUGCAUUUCUCUCGUUUCCGAACGAUGGAAGUAAGCGCUCAAUUUCCGUCGUCGCAUUCGACCCUGGGUGGGUUUCCCUGCACGCCAAAAACCCGUCAACUUCAUUUGCGCAAUGGCAUUUUAAGACGAUCGAUGGCGUAGAAGAAAAAAAAAAACAGAAACAAGAUCCCCCCUCCCGUAAUAGAGCGGUAAAGUUGAAUCUGCACGUUGAGUUAGAGGACGAACAACAUGUGCCUUUUUCUUCUUUUCUUUCGCUGCUGAAGAUGAACGGAGAAUGUGGCUGCUUUUGGGAAGGGAACGCAUUUGAAACGCACAUAAAAACGCAACCGAAAGUGAGAGAGAAAGAGAACCCAGAUGAUAAAAUCUGAACGAAGGGAGGAAAAAUUAAAAAAAAAAAUAGUGACCGACGAAUAGUCGGGAAAGAAAUAAGAAAAGAGAGAAUAAAGACGAGAGGACCCAACCCAAAUGGUUUUCGAUGCAGUCAUGGCCGCUCCUUGUACGGUUAUGGUCUCUUACUUAACAAACAGCUCCUCUCCCACUGUGUAUUUUGCUCGGUGUGUCUCCGCAGUGUUUCGCCCGUUUUGUAUUUGGCCUUUUGUUUGAAUUGAAUUCGAAUCGCCUGCAAAGUGCAGCACAAAAAAACAAUGACCGAUGCGAAGCUUUUCUAUUCCAACGAAAUGUUGUUGUUUCGUCCAUCGCUCUUUAUUUUCACGACUGGUUGAAGCUUCCGCUGCGCCGUCGAGCGUGAUUUGUUUGUCGACCAAUCACGUGAGACCGAAGAUUGUAGAUAUCGUGAAAACUCGUUGCUGUUUCAUUAGAAGCUACUUGUUUUCCAUUCGCUGUCCGGCGUACCUGCCACAAUAUGCAAACGAUCGAAGGCGAUGCAUGUGACAAGACUACCGGUAAUUCAAGAAAUCAAAUGGCGAUAUCUUGGGCAACAAGUGAGACGAGGCGAUGUUGAACGGAGCCGCCCCGAAUGUUAAAGCUAAAGCAUCGAAUGUUUUCAAAAGAAACCCACCCCUGUUGAAUGCGUCAUCUACGCCUAUCUGCGUGCCGGCCUAUUUUGAAAGAUUUGUUUCUUUUUUCUUUCGAAUAUUUGAAAGCCGGUUGGUUGCUUAUCCGUCGCGUGUUUGAACCCUUAUAUACUCGAGCGCGAUACCCGAAAAGAACUUUCCUCCCUUCCUCCAGUGUCGAUGAUAGCGCAGGGCUUGUUAAGUCAGAGUAAAGUUUCCCGUCAACGAAGGACCAGACGGCCCAGGUAAAAAAAAAACAAAACAACAGAAUGGAAAUGCUAGACUGGUAUUUUAUUGAAGAGAUUCCCUCGUCCAGCCGUAAAAGGGCAACAACAUCCACAUUGGGGGGUAGCAAAGCAAAGCAAAAAAGAAAGGUAUAGAGAGUAGAUUCCGUCACGCGGUAAAAAGUCUGGACGAAGACCAGAUUUCUUCUUGUUCUGGCUCACGAUUCUUCCAAAGACGAGAACUGUGAAAUGAAAAUCAAGAAAAUGCGCAGGUAAAAAAUAAAUGAACGCUGUGGGAGGAGGGUGGCAAUGUAGCGUAGGACUUUGGCAUCGGCCAAUAGUCACGACGACGUCAUUAUUCUUGAAAUUUUUCAUAUAUUUUUUUUUCUCAUUCCUCCGAUGUUUUGACGACCAUUUAACUUGAAAUCCGACGAUGGUGUUACAACACCAUAACCCCGUCGCCCUUUCUAUCAUUCCUCCGUAUUUGGGAGAGGACAAGCCGAUGACGUCAACAACCCCUAUCCGUUACGCUUCCAUUUGGAAUGAAACAAACAAUCAACUCUGAACGAAACAAAAAAGAUUUCUCUCCUUGUCUAUACGUUUCUGUCUCCCUGCCGGUAACGUGAGAUCUCCACCUACUCAUCAGGUCUGUUAGGUGAGAAAGGACUGGUUUCACCCACUCGCUAGCUCACAUUGAAAAAUGGCAUUAUAGCACCUUUUUCAAAACGUUUUUGGCUUCAUUACGAGAGCAUUUGAAAUGAGAACGGUUGAAAAUGACACAAUCCGAAAAUUGAUUUGUGUUUGAUGGCAUUUUUGUGUGUGUGUGUGAUUAGAUUGGUUACCUUUUGUGGUAGCUCUCGUGCGUUUGCAACAUUGUAAACGUUAGUUUUGGGCUGAGAUGAUUAGUACAUUCAAUCACGAACGCAGCUGUAGAUUGACCUGUUUUUGUUUUUUUAAUGCUUUCUUUCGAUUAUCUAAUCAGUUGAACACCCCAAAAUUCGACCACUCUCAUCCAUCUUUUGAUUAUGAUUCAUUUUGUAUGCCCCUCUCGAAGACGAGAGCCGAAAGGAUGUAUUGUUUGCCAAUGACCAGUCUUCAACCCACAGCUCAAAGUCAGCAAUGAAUGAACAAGGGCGGUGACUCUGCAGUGUCUGCAAAACGGCAACUCCCGCUAAUCUCUUUUGUUGCUUUUCUUAUUUCUUUCGAAUUUCGUGGGAGGCAUUGAAGUGAUGACGGACAUGUUGUUUGGUUGAUUGCAUUGCAUUUCUCUUUCUCACUCCCAUGCUGCGCUCACUCGUUUGGUUUUUUUAAAUCCCCAUUUUGCGGGAAGAGAAAGGAAACGAAGAAGAAGAAGAAGAAAAAAAUGUGGACAUUGAAAACUCUGCCGUUCGUUUUUCACGCCGACUUGGAUUCGAUCCAACGGUUUCGCGUGUCCGAUUAUUACCAAACGGGACGUGCCUCAGACAUUGGCCAAUCCGUAUUCAGACAUUACGUCGCAAGACUUUUACGCCAACUUUGCAGUUUGAAUGUCUUGUCUGCACGAACGUGAUUGAUUUCUAUUUGGCUUUUGAAAAGCUCGAUGUCGUGACUAGUUAACACUAAGUCUUUCUUACCUACCGCUAGAUGGAUUUGCGCGCGAACGCUUUUCGUUUUGCUAUCAUUGCGGGGUCUCUCUAUUUUUGAAUUUUCAGCGCGCCAAUUUUCAAUUUUUUCAAACGGUGUGAGAACAAGAAGGAUGAGGUCAACCAAAUCUCUUGUUUCGGCAUUUUGGCACAACGACAACCUGAGAAAUGGAUAGAAUCUACCUGGAAACGAGGGACCCCGACAAUGGGAAAUUUGCCUAGAGGGACGUGAUGCUGGAGGAUCACAAUACGAUGAGCCAUCGACGCCAUCACAGAAUAAACAGUAACUCAAAAGACGAAGAAGAACAGGAAAGAUGAUGAAACCCCAUUUUUGGGCUUUGGUGAUUGCGUUAUACUUCAUUAACACAGCCUUGCACACUCCAGGAGAAGAUUGUUUCGUGAUGACUUCCACAUCUGUGUUCGUGAAACAAAGACGCGGCCCGUGUGGGAGAACUCGCGUUGUUAGUUCUCUUUUAUCCUCAUUUUCUUGUUGUUUUUGUUUCGCUUUUUCGGGGAGGGCGGUGAAGGAAUCGAUGGAUGGAUUUCCCAUGAAGUAGCUUCGAUAGCUUCAACUGGGUUACGCGUCUGCGCCGCAACGGCUCUUUCAACGGCGACGAAGUGCUCAAGAGGUUCAAUUGCCCAUUUAAGGGCCAGUAUUUUCCGUCGUCCGCAGAGACGGGCAACAGCUAUCGCGAAAGGCGCAACGUGAAAUUCAUAAGAGCAUACACGGAUUCCCUGUUCUGUUCUAGCACAUAAUCGGACAAAAGGAUCGGCUGGUAAUACAUCACAUUCACUGGAACGCUUGUCGAGAGAGAGAGAGUGGGGAAGAAAAGAAGAGAAAGGGGAGGCAAGCAGCAACAAUCAAAAAAAAAAAAAGAGAGAGAUAGAUAGAAGAUGGCCAAGUAUGGCGAGUGCAUCUCGGGCCGUCCCAGCUAUCAAACCCACCGGCAAACUUAUUAUCCAACCGCUGCUGCUGCUGCUGCGGCAUCAUUGAAUGGCGAAGCUGAGGCCGUAGACGCCUCGGGCGGUGGUAAGAACUGCAGCCGGAGCGGAGGCAGCGGAGGAGUCGGUGGUGACGGGCAAGGUGGUACGAGAUUUUGCAGCCGCGGCAGCAGCAGCAGCGCGACGGCAACGUCGAUUGCGGCGGGCAGCAUCAGUCAGCGCGAUCCCGUCUACCCGCGCAGUCUGGCCGAAGAAGUUGUGUGGCGUCAGAGAAGGUUCGCUUGGUGGGGGACGACUUAUCUGGUGGAUGCCGUCAGUGCCGUGCCACCGCCGUCCAAAAUCCAUCCCAAUCCAGCGCAGCUCAAAGUGCAACAAAUUUUGCGUGAUAUUCGCAUCAAGGACGGAAUUCUAGUGUUGGAGAUCGACGAGGGUCGUCCGUGUCUGUCGUGCGGCGAGAAGUGCUCCGGAUUCCGUCCUCAUCAGUGGAGUGGCUUCAUGGGCCUCGAUUGCUGCAUUCAUGCUACUACCUGA